GUUUGGUAACACUACCCGAAAAUAAGAAAAACAGUUUUUUAGUGGAGAACGAAAACUACUGAUAAGGAAAAAGCCGCUUCUGUUAAGAUUUGAAAGUGUUUUCUGCAGGAAUCGAACGAAUUCAAUACUAAGUGAAAUCGGCUUACAGUUAGUUAUUUUGUGCGCUUUUUAUGUCAUCCCCAAAUAGAAGUUUGCUAGUUCUAUAGUGAAAGUUGAAAGUGGUUAGUGAUUUGCUUUGACGAGAGUGGCGUCGGUAAAGUGAGUGCGAUGCAGAGUUAUAAAAAAAGCAAAAAAGCAAUAAAAGAAGCUUACAAUUAGAAAAUGACAAAUUCGAAAACAAGAAAGACAGGUAAACGUAGCACUCGCAAUAGUGAAUUUAAUCAAGAACAUGUCACUAUGAACGACAUUGAGAGGGACGAGUUAGACGGUGGCCACUCCGCUUGGGUCUCAAAAGAUAACAAUUGUACUACGUCAGAGUUUCUCGAUGACGAUGAUGAUGAUGAUUCGGACGAAAUUGUUCAUGAUGAUGAUACCACCACUACAUUUAGUUUACAAGAAUGUAUGGACGAAUUUCGAGCACGUCGUAUUAAUCGCAUAUCGUCCCAAUGUCGUCAUACUAGAGAAGGCAAAGAAAAAUUGCUAGGCGACAACCUAGAUGAAGACCUAGAUUUGAUAAAUGAAAAUCUCACUAAUAAAGAACAAGAGCGCAAAUGUAAGCCAUGCAAAGAUGGAUUUUGUUAUUGCUUCACGAGCGACAGUGGUGAAGGAGGUGGCAGAGGAACUUGUCAAGCAUUACGCCAACCUCGACGCAACAGACGCUCUGACAUAAAUCAGAAUAAGAGCUUAAGUAGACGUGGUGAUGAACCACGUGCUUCAGCAAAAGCAAAAGUCCCUCAAAAAUAUGAAAAUCCAGCAAAAGCUCUUAGCUCGGCCAAAAGAAGCAAUGAUGCCUUUUUUACGGCAACUAGUCAUCUAGAAGCGAGUGGAAAAGAUGAACCUCUUAUCCAUAUCAUACAAGAAUUAAGAGGCAAUUGCGUUAUUUCUAAGGUACGUGUGAACAAGCAUAAAGUACCGGGUAAUCUACGCAGUAUGAAAAGCACAACACGUUCAACUGAAAGCAAGGAGGCUUUGUUUAUUCCCAUUGAGCCUCGCCCAAAAACCCAGAAAGGAACUUGUCAUCGAGCACCUUUUGAGCCGCAUACACCAACAGCUCCGCCUUUGGAGAAAAUUUCUGAACGCGAAACACCGGUUACCGUCACCUCUGGUUUAACCGGCAGGACCCAGCGCAGGCAUAAGUCAGGAGGCACCCUUCUGAAAAAAAGGCUUUCUAGUACCGCACAACGUACGUACAAAUCGCAUAACAUAAACGAACCGCCCCCAAAACCACCACGCAGUUCCGUAAGUUUUGAAGAGAAGUCUUCUGCCGUCACUUUUACUUCAACUUCACCAUCCGUGCGAGAAGCAGAGCGCGUGGUCGACGAAUUUCUAGCUAAAAGAGGCUAUGUAUAUGGGGCUGAUAGUAACAAAAAAGAAAGCACCGAAAUUUUUCGAAAAAAAGGUGUUAAGCCAAAACGAAGCCAACAGAUGCUUACAAAUAAUAACUACGGCUCAGAUAAAAAGUCAGAUCCAUUAAGCAAAAAAGACAAAGGAUCGAAAAGACUACAGCCACAGUAUCCUUCGCUAAGUGAUAUUGAACAAGAGUCAAGGAGUUAUGGAGAAAACGAAAAGCAUAUCAGUGAAUUGAAAGAGAAGAGAACUAAAGACAUUUGCAUUGGUUGGAAUGAACCGAAGAUCAAAGAAAUGCUUAACUAUGAUUCAAAUGCAAAUCGAAAACAAUUUCGAUCAACGGCGACCCAAGCAGAGCCGCAGCAACCUUUCAAUAGUCACAAAAUAGAUUUGGACACAGUUGAUGGUGGCGUUAAACGUAAUCUGGCUACUAACAUCGAAAACAAGGAUACGCCCACAAAAUUCCAAUUAUUAGGAACCCCGCAAAAUGCCAAAAUGCGUUCAUCGUCUCAAAAAUUCAUAUGGUCGGAACAGUGGCGCAAUUUAUCACCUUGGUCAAGUAAGCAAAGUCACAGCAACAAGCAUAACGAAAGUGCUAAGAGUAAUUUAAGCUCCAGUUCGAAAGCGUUCUUAAAAACUUCUAAACAGAAGAUAUUGCGACUGGUCUCGCCGAAAAAGGAAAAUAAGGAACGCAUAAAUAUGCAAAUACGCAAAACCCCAGGACGCAACGUCGGUAUACAAACUUCACCACAGAGCUUGAGGCGAGCGAAUUCUCUAUCGCAAUCACCUCCCGGUAGUUAUCACUCGCCGGCUGAAUCAGUCCGUAACACCAUUACGAACAGUCGUGAGACGACUGCACGCUUCAACUUUAAUCGUAUCGUUCAUUCGCCUGUGAAAAAAACAACUUGCUGUAGCCACCAAGCUGCCAUGUCUUCUGAUCUUAAACGUGGUAAAGUUUGUGAUAGCAAUGGAACUCAACUGAAAGAGAGGACUUAUCGAUCUUUCAAUACUGACCUGGAUCAAGAUGUUACACUUUCUAAGAUGAGUUAUAUUCUCAGUAACAUACGUGCCAAACUAGAGGCAAACGAUCAACACGCGAUCCGCACAUUUCAGGAACUUGAAAGGCGGGAUAUUCGGUAUUCUGGUUUUGACUGUACGGAUGGUGAGCACAGAGAUCGACAACGGACUUGUGUUCAAAUACAUACUGAUUUACCAAGAGCUCAAAACUUUGAUCUCUGCAAUGAACCUAUAUAUUCAGAAAUCGAAGAGCACAGUAUCCACGUAUUGGGAAGUCCUCACUAUGGUAAUCAUACUGGAGUACAAAAGUUAAAUGAAAAAACUAAUCCAGAGGAUCUAUACGCCAAAGUUAAUAAAAACAAGUCUGCCAGGACCACUGUUGCAAAAUCAAAGCCUAUUGCUCUUGGAAAAUUUUUACAUGACUCUUUACAACAGAAGAACUUACAGGGAGCACAGUUUGAGCCGAGUACAAGCGAAAGGAAAUUAGUAAGAAGAGGGACACAGUCACGAUCAAUGAAUAAUGUAUUUGUAAGAGAACAUAAUUCACCACCUAGAAGUACGUACGUCAGUAAAUCAGAAUUAUCGCUAUAUCGUAGCGAUCUAUUUCUGGCAAACUUGUGCAGAAGUGAAUUGAUUGUAGACGAUUUAUUUCAAGAACGCUUAGUUAGAGUAGAAAAUGAUAAAAGUAAUCGUAAUAAUGAAGCCGAUUACCAACUUUUAUCGAACGACAGCGAUCAGGUUGCUAAGUUGGAAUCAGUUUCAAUGCGCAGUAAUUCAGUUUCGUAUGCAUCCCCUAAUAAUGAUACGUAUGCGGAAAACGAUGUAAAUGAAAAUUCAACUACAACUGACAGUAAUCUGGGCAUGAGCGCCAUUGCUUCGCCUUCGUCGCAUAACCAAAGCACUCCUAAGAAGCAAAAAUCUUUUACGACUAAGGAUUCGACGUUACGAAAUGAACCUGAUGACGAUGGUACCCAUGCUACACUGAUGACUAGAAGUGAACUUAGCUGUAGCCAAAAUGUAUCGAUUGAAUGUGCCCGCUUACAUGAUCCACCUAAUUCGACAACACAGAGUUUAAAUAACUUUUCUAGAAGUCAGUCCUACUGUACAGCGUCAUCUCUUGGCAAAUUUAUUCGUUACAGACGAAUGAAGAAUGUUUUGCAGAAAUCGUUUCGGAAAAGUAAACACUUUGUCCGAACCGAGGCAAGGCGUCUCUCCAUGUCAUUUAGUUUUUCUGGAGUGAAAGACCGAUCUACUACUUCGCGGCAAGAAUGUGGGCCAGGAAUGCCAGAUUCUUUUAGGAAUGGCUGUGACUCAUAUUCGCUCGAGUCAAAUCUGUAUUUGGAAACAUUGUUUUCGUUGGACGAAACUGCGCCGGUUACUGAGCAAUUAGCUAAGGCCGUAAGUAUAUGCCGUCUGGUACCCGAAUUGGAAGUUUCGCCAGAAAUGGUAGAGGCGGAACGUCUGCUUCUCUACUCUACUUUGAAAUUCGAGAGACGCCUCUUUGAAUUGAAGCCGCCCUUAAAAGGCGAUCAGGUGUUAAUGCGUUUUUAUAUUGACGACAUGUUUUUGAAAAUUCAUCCAAACGGCAAUCAAGACAUGUUUUUUAAUUAUUUUUAUAUUGUAACAUUUGAAUGUGGUGGUGUUAUUAAGUCUACACAAUCAGUGGAAUAUCAAAACGGUUGUGUUUCGUUUACUGAUUGCGGCAUAGAGUUUACUUUGUGUCCCACAAUCAUGCAAGCGCGUUCUGUUGAAGAGGAGCUAACGGUUCGUUGUAAUAUUUUUAUGCUGCGUUUGCGCAAAGUUUCAACACUUUCGCUCGAACCAAGAAGAUCGACUUCGAAAUGGAAUGCUAGUUGUGCGUCGCUCUCCUCAUCCACGAAUGAAAUUGUGUCACGCUUUCGUUUAAACGCAUCAUUUUCUUUAAAUGCUUUGGACUUGGCACCUUACGAGUACGUACCUCAGGAAACAAAUAAUUCAGAACGCCUAUGUCUGCGAGCAUCAGGCACUUGUAACAUUCCGCUCGUCCAUCAGACGACUUCAAAUAAUUUAAAAGAGGACAUUCAAUUGAACGGUCGCGCAGAGAUUCGCUACCCUAAAAGGGCCAAGAGUGGUUUUCUUAACGUCGAGGAUCCCCAUACGCAGCAUAAUUGGAAUCGUCGCUGGUGCAAUUUGGAUGGCUUAUGUAUGCGCGUGUGGCAAGAUGAAAAUUACAUUGAUAAAGCACCUUUAUUAAGCCUGGACUUGCGUAACACUUUGCCAAACUUUCAAUUGCCUCUGACAGUAGCUUAUCCUGACUUGUGCGCCCGACCGCGUUCAUUCUGCUUACGUUAUGAUUUAGAUCCGCAACCAAAUGAAUGUUGUGCAACGAAAGUGUUCUUCUCAGCCGACAAUCAAGAGGCACUUACCAGUUGGUUGCUGCACUUAAACUUUGUAUUGGAAUUCCUUAGCAAAUGGGUUAGACCGCGCUCGAAUUAAGUCUUAAAUGUCUUGGAAACUUGCCUUUAUAUAUUACAUACGUAUAUGAUGCGUAUAUUUUGUUAUUAUUUACGUUUAAAGGAAAUUAUAUUUUCCGCG